AUGCACCAAGAGCGCACUUCUCUUUCGCUGUCCACAUGCACCGGUGACGCUUGGACCCUCUACGGUGGGUUCGACUGUCACCGUAGGACCAUGCAUGGCGCCGCCUGACAUCUGCAAAGCUGAAUGUGGACUUGUGUGCGUUGCACAGGCGUUGACGGGCACCACGUCAGUGCGUUUGUACGCCAGCACCUGCCUCCCUUCUGCUGGCGGACCCCCUGUUCGACGAGGAUCCGGCGCAAGCACUUCGGCGGGCGUUCAGACAGGUAGUCACAUAUGUCCAGACAUUAACGCACAUGUGAUGCCACUGGGUGUGAUGCUCAUGUGCGUGACGAUGUGUGUCUUCAGGCGCACGACAAGGUGGCCCAGCAUGGGCGGCAUGACGACUCGUUCAACACCACUAUAAGUGGAACCACGGCCGGCGUGGCCCUCCACAAGGCCAACAAGGUCUUCAUCGCCCACGUCGGGGACUCGCGCGCCAUCCUGGGUAUCAAGACAAACGACAGUAAGACACACGAGCAGUGAGGGCGGCGAGGGGGCAAAAUGAACCUAUGUUGACGUAUUUUCCUCUUUGCAUUCCAAUUCAGGCGAGUCGUUUGUGGCGGAGACACUGACCCAAGACCACCACCCACGGCGACCGGACGAGAAGGAGCGCAUUCGGGCGGCAGACGGCCUGAUCGGGCGCUUUCCAGGCGAGGAGAGGAUUUCAGAGGUGAAUGAGUGAUGUGUUGGCAGCGGAGAUGAGAUCAGAUGAGAUGAGAUGAAAGCAUUAUACCCUGCACUGUCUCUUGCACCUUUGUGUGUGUGUCAGGACUCGCCAUGUCACGGGCCAUUAGCGAUGUGUCGUGGAGCAAGGAGGGCGUGA